AUGAGUAAAGGUACAGCCAGCUUUGGAAAAAAGAACAAGAGGAACACGGAAAUGUGUAGAAGAUGCGGAAGACAGAGUUAUCACAAGCAGAAGAAUUCAUGCUCAUCAUGCGGAUAUCCUACUCCGAAGAUGAGAAACCCAGGGUCUAUCAAGGCAAGACGUAGACGCACUGUCGGAACGGGCAGAAUGAGAUACAUGAAAAGAGAACUGAGGGCUGCAAAGAACGGACAUAGGGGAAAUCCAAUAUUGAGGCCCCUCUGGAGUGGAAAUUAA